UAAAGUGCAAUCCACUGGAAGUAGAGUAGGAAACAAAUGACAUUCCCAGCAAUACCGAUUUUCGUUAGUCAUUUUUUAUUAAAAAUUUCUACGGUUUAGUGAGGAAACCACAUCCGUUGACCGAAAAAAAACCAAAUAACACUUUAUUAAAUUAAUUGGAAGUGCAUAAAUACAAUUAAAGGUCAAUUGAAAGAAAAAUUUGAGCAGCGUAAUAGCGAAAUAAGCAUAUUGAUUGCGUGAAAAGUGCAGCAGAAGGUCGAAACAAAAUAUAAAAAUAAGAAGGGGAAAAACAACAAAAGGAUAGUGAAAAUCGAUUGCAAAAGACUUGAACAUUUAAACAAGUGUAGGAACGUUAAUACGCAGUGCAAAAAUUAUUAAUUAGUUUUUCAUUUGAGCUGCCACAUAGCCACUGGUGUGAAAUGGGGAUUUUUGGGCAAUCAACACCGUUUGAUGCGGAUAUUGACAAAGCUACAAGCGAAACAAAUACAAACGAGAACUGGUCGCUCAUAUUGGAUGUGUGCGAUAAGGUCUCAUCCAAUCCGCGCAGCGCCAAAGAUUGUCUGAAGGCAAUAAUGAAACGUAUGGGCCAUGCUGAUCCACAUGUUGUAAUGCAAGCGCUCACACUGUUAGAUGCCUGUGUCAAUAAUUGUGGUAAACCAUUUCAUUUGGAAAUCGCCUCACGUGAAUUCGAAAAUGAAUUCAGGCGUCUGCUAUCGAAGGCACAACCGAAAGUAUCGCUGAAAAUGCGUCAGGUGCUUAAAAACUGGGCUGAGAGCGAUUUUAAAAAUGAUCCUGAAUUGAACUUGAUACCAUCGCUUUAUAUGAAAUUGCGUCACGAAGGCUACGACUUCAGCAACAUAAACGAAAAGCCGGCAAAGUCAGCAGCAAAAUUAACCGCUUUGAAAGAUCCUAAUGUGGUGAGCAGCCAACAGGAGGAAGACGAUAUUGCCAAAGCGAUAGAGCUAUCGUUGAAGGAGACGAAGAAUAGUCCCAAGUUGCAAAGUAGCAGCAAUGCUGGUGCCGCCAGUGGCAGCACGACCGCUGCCUCGGCUUAUUCCUCUUUGUAUCCCUCAUUUUCGGGUUCUGGUUCAUUGGCGAGCAUUACAUCCACUGGCGGUGCGUCGAAUAAUUCCACCAAUUCACAGCCCGAACCACGUAAAGUACGCGCCUUAUAUGAUUUCGAAGCAGCCGAAGAGAAUGAGUUGACAUUCUUCUCUGGUGAAAUUAUACAUGUUGUAGAUGAUUCCGAUCCGAAUUGGUGGAAAGGCUAUAAUCAGCGUGGUGAAGGUCUUUUCCCAUCAAAUUUCGUAACUGCCGAUUUGUCUGUCGAUCCGGAACGUUUGGAUAUCAAUCAACAGAAUAAAACGAAAAAGAGCGUACAAUUCGAGGAUGAUGCCAAAGCUUUGCAAUUAAAGACUGAAGCUGCCGCCGCGGCAGUUGCUGAACAACGAAUCGAAAUCGAUGAGGAGAAGAUUGAUCGUCUUUUGCAUCUGUUGCACGAGGCAAAUCCCGAGGAUCCUUCGCAAGAUAGCGAGGAAAUGUUGCGUUUGGAACAGGAAGUACACCAGAUGGGUCCACUAAUUGAUACCGAGCUGGAGCGUGUCGAUCGCAAGCAUGCACAACUCACGCAGCUCUCCAGCGAUCUGGUGGACGCAAUCAAUCUCUAUCAUUCACUAAUGCGCGACGAUCGUAUGGCAAUGCCAGGCGGCCCACAGGCUGCUGGUUAUUUAGGCGGUCUGCCACCCAUGGCCGGUGCGUUGCCUGGUCUGGGUUAUCAGGGUGUGCCGAAUCCACAAAUGCUAUACGGUGCAGCUGGCUAUCCGGGCAAUGCAAAUUUUCCGCCACACAUGCAGCCAGGAGCACAUAUGCCAACACAUAACUAUGGCAUGCAAUCGCUGCCCUAUGCAAACCCGGCACAGUUGCCCGGCAAUGUGGCGCCAGUCACCACGCAAAACACGCUAAAUCAGAAUGCGGUGUCUACCGCGGCACCAGUACCAACGGCUGGUGCUUACUCUAUACCACAGCAGUAUCAAAAUGGACAUGUGAACGCGUCGCAGCUUAAUGGCAACGUUGCUGGCAGUGUUGGCCUCAAUUCACUGCCUCCGUCUAUGGCUUCACUACCCUAUAUGGGUGCUGCUCCACAGUUGCCGGCCACUUCUGCACCGCCAGCGUCCGAACAGCAACAAAUGCCCCAAUCAACUAUGGCCGCCGCUAAUAAUUAUAAUACGGUUCCACAGUUGCAGCAGUUGAACAAUAUGCAGGCGUUGCAGUCAUUGCCACACAUGCCACAAUAUCCGAAUGGCAUAAACGAUGGCGUCAAUGCUAUACCACCCGAUCAGUUGCAUCAACAGCCGCAAUUUCCACACCACCUACAGCAACAUCCACAACACUACGGCACGCUACCGUCGUCACAGCCACAACCACAAAAUGCGUUUAUGACAUCACCACCCACAACUGCAACUGGCAUGGCACCGCCGCCGCCCGGCAUGUUACCCCCCACAGGCCAUGGCAUGCAUAAUCCCACAAAUGGCGGUGAUCAAUUCAGUCAAUUACAACAACAAAUGGCUGCAAUUUCACUGGCAGGCGGCAUUAAUCAGCCGGUAACACAGAAUUUCCUUGUACAAAACGAUCCGAAACAUAACAUUCCAAUUUACCAGCAGCAACGGUAAGACGUUGGUCGGUUGAUUAGGCAGCGACAAUAACCGCGUCGUCAUAUAACUUUUCUACUCGUCCUCACUCACUAUCUUUUUUGUUACAAACAAUAUACAUACAUACAUACAUAUUAUAACAACAUCAACAGCAAGAGGCGCAGCUUGCAAGUGUUUGUCUUACGCAACCAAUAAAGCGUUGUGCAUUGCUUAGCAAUGUGCCGCGUCGCUUUACAACAACAAACAACAAAAUAUGUAUGUGUAAGCGCGUUUGCUAUGUAAUUAUUCAUAUAAAAUGAACAUGAACAUGUAUUUUGAUAUUGUUAUUAUUAUUCCUCUUUAUGUCCGUAUUAUAUAUGCUCGUUGGUCGCAAUGCAGAGGUGAAUGCGUCGCAUUUUAAUUGCUACUAUUAAUGUUAAGUUGUUUUAAAUAAAUUGGACGAACGUAUAUUGUUUCCUAACUCGGUUACUUGUGCUGACGUACAAACGUCGACGAAGAAGUAGAAGAAGCAGAAGACAGUUGUGCAUGCAUACAUACCUACAUACUUGAUGAGGAAGAUGUGCGAAACUAAAUUUUUUCGGCUGCGUUGUUUAUGAAAUGUGUUUGCGAAAGUUAUGUAUGUUUACCACACAACAACAAAAAAAUAAAAAUAA